AUGGCGUCUUCAUCUCUGUCAGUGGUGCUGCUCCUUCUGUGCCUGGCCGCGGCGGCGUCGGCGGAGAUGUCCCCGAGGUUCUACGACGCGUCGUGCCCCGGGGCGCUGGCCACCAUCAAGAGCGGCGUAGCGGCCGCCGUGAGCAGCGACCCCCGCAUGGCCGCGUCGCUGCUCCGGCUGCACUUCCAUGACUGCUUUGUCCAAGGCUGCGACGCGUCCGUUCUGCUGGCUGGCAACGAGCGGAACGCGUUCGGGAACGUGGGAUCGCUGCGAGGCUUCGACGUCAUCGACCAAAUCAAGUCGAAUGUGGAGCAGGCGUGCAAGCGCACCGUCUCCUGCGCCGACAUCCUCGCCGUCGCCGCUCGCGAUUCCGUAGUCGCGGUAGGAGGGCCGUCAUGGACAGUCUCUCUGGGGAGGAGGGACUCCGACACGGCUAGUGAGACACUGGCCAACCGUAACCUGCCUGCCCCAUCACUUAGCGUCACCGACCUCAUCACCCGCUUCGCCGCCAAGGGGCUCAACCACACCGAUAUGGUCGCCCUCUCUGGUGCGCACAUCAUAGGGCGGGUGCAGUGCAAGAACUUCAGGACCAGGCUCUACAGCGAGGAGAACAUUGGCCCGGCCUUGGCGACGUCGCGCAAGUGCACCUGCCCUCAGCUAACCAGCUCUGCCGAUAGAAACUUGGCCCCAUUGGACGAUACGAGCCCGGACAUGUUCGACAAUGCCUACUUCAUUAACCUCAAGCUCAAUAAGGGGCUCCUACACUCCGACCAGGUGCUCUACACCCUUGCCGGUGGUGCCACCGAACACAUCAUUGACGGCUUCGCAUCUAACCAGGAUGCGUUCAACAACGCCUUUUCCGCAGCCAUGGUGAAGAUGGGGAACUUCAGCCCCUUGAUUUUCCCACAGGGUCAGGUCAGGCGCAUCUGCUCCAGGGUGAACUAA